AUGCUUCACAGCACCGAAGCACAAAGCAGAGAGAUCGACCAUGAAAAGAUUGCAUCUCUAGCGAUCUCGACCUACCUCAACAAACUACCUCCCCGUGGCGCCAAACCGGGAACCAAAUCCAACGGACAUCUCGAAUGGACUGUUCUCGCCGCCUUUAUCCUUUCCUUCCCGUCUCCGACGUCUCCCUCUGGACGAGACUAUGCGCUUAUAUCGCUAGCAACUGGACUCAAGUGUCUACCUUACACCUCGCUACCGCCCAAUGGAGAUGUGCUACAUGAUCAACACGCAGAAGUUCUCGCACGAAGAGGCGCUCGCCUUUGGCUUCUGAAUCGGCUGCACAGCGAGGUCAACACGGGAGAAGAAGGGGGGCCGAAGCUGUUCGAGAAGGUUGAGGACGGAGAGAGGAGGAAGCUAAGCCAGGAAGUGCAAGUGCACCUGUACGUGUCGACGCUACCAUGCGGAGACGCAAGUAACAAGUUGCUCGAGUUUCAGCGUGCCGCUCAGGAUCAAGUUGCUGGCAAGGAUGGUGCACUUACGCUUGCUGAGCUGCUUGAACUCCACACCACCGAUUCCGGCUUAUGUCGGAAUGCUGAAACAGGAGGAACAGGAGGAGAGGGGAGCGUCGUCCGAGGCCGAGCAUCAUCCUCCCACCCUUCGUCGUCCUCCAACAGCGUCACCGGAUCACUCCGCACCAAGCCCGGCCGCCCAGAUUCACCGCCAAGCAUUGCCAUGUCUUGCAGCGACAAAAUCGCCCUAUGGAACGCAUCCGAAAUAGGCAUCCAAGGCAGCCUCCUUUCAGCCCUCCUCACACCAAUAUACAUUAACUCCAUCACCAUCUCCGACCAUCCUACACGGCACAUCUUUCCCUCCUUUCCCCUCGACCCAUCAGGUUCAGAGACGGAAGAGAAGCAAAGAGCAGCCCUCAGAAGAGUAUUGGCGAAAGACUGCAAACGAGCCCUCAACCGAGCCCGAACGCAGCAAGAAGGUCAGGAAAUGGAAGCAGGCUGGUCACAUCAACCCUUUGCAGACAGUCGAGAAUCCAAGCUUGAACAAGCUUGGUCUGCUUUCUCCUCAGACAUCACCACCGCUCAACAAGGACCGAAAGAUAAGACGGAGGCGUUCAAAGCGAAUCAUGAUCCAAGCAGCUGCCCGAACUCAGUCCUUCACAUUGCUUCACCGACUUUUGAGGGUGGGAAGACGGAGAAUCUGGUAUCGGGCACAAAGAUGGGUGCACCCACAAAACGGGCAAAAGCAAAAGAAGGAGGCCUGGGCGAGCCAUUGAAGUCAGCAGCUAGGUCGGUGGUGUGCAAGUUGAACUAUUAUCAAUCUGUUGUGACGUUGUAUAGCUCAAUAAGCGGAAAAGAUCUUGAUCAGGCGAAGGGAGAAAUGCUAUACUGCGAUGCGAAAGCAGGUUUGCUUGGAGGUGGGACUAAGGCGCACAGAAAGAGAAAGGAUGAGCUACUGGGUUCGAGGGAAGAUGCGCAGAAAGUGGUGGAGAGGUUUCUGAGUCGGGCGAGGGAUGCGACAGCUAUAAGAGGCGGGCAACGCCGGGAGGAAGAGAAAAAUUCGAUGGUGAAUGCUGGCAAAGUCGAUGAAGAGCUGGAAGAGGAAGAAGCAGAUGGCCAGAGGGGUCCUGUUGCGACUUUCAAUGGCUGGCUGAGGACUCCAGCCUCAUUUGCUCGAUUUGAUUUGCAUGGCCGAACUACAUCUGUACAAUAG